GCGCGCGCGCUCACUGAGAUCCGAGAUUUGGUGUGAUGGAGCAAAGGCACUCAGCACAGCCCGGUACAAAAAGACAAUGGGACCAGGAUGCAAACAGCAUGGAUUGUACUGGAAGUGUGACACGGCACCAGAAAACUCAAACAGGAGAGAAACCCUUCAAGUGCACUGUGUGUGAGAAGGCAUUUACAGUGUCAUCAUAUCUUAAAAAACACCAGAGAACACACACAGGAGAGAAACCCUUCGGGUGCACUGUGUGUGGGAAGGCGUUUUCACGGUCAUCAAUUCUGCACAAGCACCAGAGAAAACAUACAGGAGAUGGACCCUUCAAGUGCAUUGUGUGUGAGAAGGCAUUUUCAGAUUCAUCUGUUCUUAAAAAACACCAGAGAACACACACUGGAGAGAACCCCUUCAUAUGUAGUGUGUGUGGGAAGGCAUUUUCAGAUUCAUCUGUUCUUAAAAAACACCAGAGAACACACACGGGAGAGAAACCCUUUAGGUGUAAUGUGUGUGGGAAGGACUUUUCACAUUCAUUCGCCCUUAAAACACACCAGAGAACACACACGGGAGAGAAACCUUUCAAGUGCACAGUCUGUGAGAAGGCAUUUGCAGAUUCAUCAGUUCUUCAGAUCCACCAGAGAACACACACAGGAGAGAAACCCUUCAAGUGCAGUGUGUGUGAGAAGGCAUUUGCACAGUCAUCAAAUCUUAGAAAACACCAUAGAACACACACAGGAGAGAAAAAUUUCAAGUGCACUGUGUGUGAGAAGGCAUUUUCAGAUUCAUCUGCUCUUAAAAGACAUCAGAAAAUACACACAGGAGAGACACCUUUCAAGAGCAGUGUGUGUGGGAAGGAAUUUUCAAGUUCAUCUGAUCUUAAGAUCCACCAGAGAACACACACGGGAGAGAAACAUUUCAAGUGCAGUUUGUGUGAGAAGACAUUUUCAAGUUCAUUUUGUUUUAAAAAACACCAGAGAACACACACAGGAGAGAAACCUUUCAGGUGCACUCUGUGCGGGAAGCUCUUUGCAGAUUCAUCACAUCUUAAAAAACACCAGAGAACGCACACAGGAGAGAAACCCUUCAAGUGCACUGUCUGUGAGAAGGCAUUUGCAUGGUCAUCAGAUCUUCAGAUCCACCAGAGAACACAUACAGGAGAGAAACCCUUCAAGUGCACUGUCUGUGAGAAGGCAUUUGCAUGGUCAUCAGGUCUUCAGAUUCACCAGAGAACGCACACAGGAGAGAAACCCUUCAAGUGCACUGUCUGUGAAAAGGCAUUUGCAUGGUCAUCAGGUCUUCAGAUUCACCAGAGAACACACACAGGAGAGAAACCCUUCAAGUGCACUGUCUGUGAAAAAGCAUUUGCAUGGUCAUCAGGUUUUCAGAUCCACCAGAAAACACACACGGGAGAAAAACGUUUUAAGUCCAGUUUGUGUGGGAAGGUAUUUUCAGGUUCAUCUCAUCUUAAACGGCACCAGAGAACACACACAGGAGAGAAACCCUUCAAGUGCACUGUCUGUGAGAAGGCAUUUGCACAGUCAUCAGUUCUUCAUCGACACCAGAGAACACACAGGCAUCAGAAGAUCCCCAAGGAGUGUAGUCUGAAAUCUACUUGUGAAAGUCAAAGUGCUGCAAUGAGCCCAUCCCUCCUGAAAAAAGAACCAGAAGUACAUUCCAGCUUGGACACUAUGAAAUGUAUCAAGGCGAAAUGUGAAGAGGCGAUAGUGAAGAGCGAAGAAGUGAAGGUAAAAUGUGAAGAUGUGAUGGUGAAGAGCGAAGAUGUGAAGGUAAAAUGUGAAGAUGAAGAUUCAACUCCAAAAUCGGACCUUCACAUCGAUGGAGGCAACGUGAAGAAGGAGGAGAAUUCUGACUGUGAGGCAGAGCGAGGAACCUCCCAGGAAUUUGUGGAAGUGGAGGUGUGGGUGGACUUCUUAGACAAAACAAAGUCAAAUGAAGACCCGGUAGAUGUGUAAGCUUGAGACAAUGAAGCCCCCGUAGAUUCACCUUUGUCACAGGCCUUUAAUGAAAGAAUGUGAAGUUGAACACUCAAUUCUUAGGUUCAACCUGCAGAGUAAGAGGGGGUAGUAUUUGCAUACCUGUGGGUUGGGUAUACAGUGAUCCCUCGUUUAUCGCGGUUAAUGGGGACCGGAACCCCUCGCGAUAGGUGAAAAUCCGUGAAGUAGGAUUGGCCCCCUAGGAAUUUCCGUAUAUGUGUGUGUGGGUACCAGAAUGUUUAAAAUAUGUAUAUUUAUACUUUAUAUAUAUAUUUUACUUAAAUCUAUUUAAUUAUUAAACCUUAAUAUUAUACAUUCACUCUCUUUCUCAUACGAUACGUAUUAUGGUGUUCUACACUCACCAAUGACAGUAGUAUCUUGAGACUUGACUCCAGUAAUGACGACGACGAUAAUGACAACGAUGAUGUGCAGCCAACCAGCUCACGGAAUACAUCCACCCGUGCUCUCAUUCGUCGAUCUCGUGCCGGGAACCAAUCACGUGCCUUGUCUGAGUGCCCGUGGGUAUGUACAAAGCCUCUGAGAGUGUUUCUCUCUUUGUCUGGCAUCCUGGGAAACCGUUUCUCUCGCGCAUCACGAUGAAACAACGCUAAUUUCUGCAAUACGGCUGCCGAUAUGGCGGUAUUUUUUAAUUUUCAUUUUUCGAUGAAUAUUUUUGAAAAAUCCGCGAUGCACUGAGGCUGCGAAACUUGAACCGCGAAGUGGCGAGGGAUUACUGUAUCUAUAUCAAUUUAUAACAUUUUUGACAUGCGUUUUUCUGGAUUUUGUUGUUAUUCUGUCUCUCCAAAUUAACCUACCAUUAAAAUUAUAGACUGAUCAUUUCUUUGUCAGUGGGCAAACGUACAAAAUCAGCAGGGGAUCAAAUACUUUUUACCUAAACUGUAAAUACAUUUUUUUUUUUUACUUCCAACCCGUGAUGAGAGGACGGAAUACGUGGUGACAGCAAGCACACCCUUGCACAAUAGGUCACGACUUCACGACUUCAAAGGCCACAGCGCCCCUUUUUGACAGAGACUGCAAGUCUGAUGCAAAAAAUGUUAAACACUUCCAACCCGUGAUGGAAUUGUGGGGAACGCUGCCCAAAACGAAUACACACAAACAGGGAUAGAAUUGUGUUAAAAGCUUUCUUUUCAUCACAUAAUCUUGCCGGCGAAUGUAUUAAAGCCCUUAGCCAAUUGUUGCACAUUUGUUAGACAAGCAAGCACACUACCGCACACCAUUGUUCCAAGGCAUUACGUUAAUUGCAUAAUCUAAAAAAUGAAUUCAUUGAGGUCUACCUUUGCUUAGGCACAUGUUUCUUUAUUACUGUUCGUAUGAAGAUUGUCACAUUAAUU